AUCCCGGGAAUGCGCUUACUGAAUUCAUUAUAUAUCCGCAAAAAGCACAGAGAUAGAUUAGAAGUAUGCGCGCAUGGCAUGCGACUUCAAUAACCGCGAUUCAUUGAGCUCUUAUUGAGGUCUCCCCACAAAGGGUCCCAGCAAGCCCCGACCGUGCAUAAUACCUUUUCCUACGAAGAUCACACACUGCUACCGGUCACCACUCUACCGCAUCAUAAAGCUAUAAGCUCCAUCCUCCGGCCGCGAUAUGGCCUCCCUCGCAGACGAUGAUGACGAUCGCGAUCUCGCGGGUAACGCCCUCAUGGCCCUCCUCCGACGAACAGCAACCAGCUAACACAGUUCACGACCGAUAGGUUCCCAAGACGGCAGCUCGGACAACGAGAUGGAAGACGCCCUUCGCGACGCAGACGACGGGGUCAACGACAACGAACCGGACCCCGACGCGGACGACGCCGACCAAGAUGCGGAAAGCCAGUCCAGCCAUGUGUCGGACAGCGCCGGGGGAGCAACUCAACCGAACCAGGACGUGGAAAUGACCUCACCGGGGGCUGCGAAUAUCGCUUCUCCAUUAUCUGCAUAUCAUCCGCCGGUCCGAGCAGAGUGUCUGACGGCCACUACAUUCGAUAUCGUCCCCACGACGGCGGCGCCUCACAGUACCUCGAUCAAUGCGGUAACGGCCACGGCCGACAUGAGAUGGGUGUUCAGCGGCGGCUCGGACGGCUAUGUGCGCAAAUUCAACUGGGUGGACUCGAUCAACAGCAAGCUGAUGCUCACGGUAGCGCAGCGGCACCCGUUCGUGGACAGCGUGGUCAAGGCCGGCGUGCUGAUGACCUACUGGGAGAACAUGGACGGGAAUACGAUAUCGCCGGUAUAUUCACUGGCUAGCCAUAAGUCGGGUAGCAUCCGACUGCAGUCCGUCCGCCACGACGAAGGCAAGGAGAUCGCUCUCCUGCAACAACAUACAUCGGCCGUCUCGGUCCUGACACUGACCUCGGAUGAGAAAUCCCUGCUUUCCGGAAGCUGGGACAAGCGCCUCUUCGACUGGGAUCUGAACACCGGGCAGACGCGCCGUGCCUUCGGGUCGACUGCUGGACAGAUCUCGGCAAUCGAGAUGCGCCCGGAGUCCAGCCUACCUGUCCCGAAAGACGCCAUCGAGCCCCCGCAAACCAACGGCACCUACUCGUCCAAUUACCAAGCCGCAGGAGAUGAAGACAGCUUUCGGUUCAUGGACACCUCCAACGACCAAGGCGAGAACGGCGCUGGCCCAGACCCGCAGGCGGGCUCGCCAGCGGACUCGCUCUUUGGCGGCGCCGACUCUCUGUUCGGCGACGGCGACGGACCCAGCGGCGAAGACGCAGGCGCAUCCGGCAACGCAUUCGGCAUCGACGAGGAUGACGAGUUCGGCAAAGCACUCACCAACGGAGUGCUUCCAGACGCCGACGCCCCCGGCGAGCCGGAGACGAGUCACAACGGCGCCGCAGAAGCCGCACCUGCGCCCGCGCCCGCGCCCGCGCCCACAGACCCAAUCGCCAUGGACCAAGGGCCCGACACGGCCGCAGCAGCACAGCCCAACGGGGCUCCUCCACCACAGGUCAACGGCCUGCCACACGCGGAGGAGCUGGAGCCCGCCACACAGAACACGGUCUUCGGCGAACCGGCACAACCGGCACAGACGUCCAGCACAGACAAUACGUUCCUGGGCGCGUCGAUCGACGGCACGAUCCGGAUCUGGGAUCGCCGACAGCCCGACCCUGUGGCGCGGAUCAUCCCGCGCAGCGCGCCUCCGUGGUGUAUGAACGCCUGCUGGUCGCCGGACGGCAACUACAUCUACGUCGGGCGUCGGAACAAUACGGUGGAGGAGUACAGCCUGCACAAGGGCCUGCGGGACCCGGAGCGGACGUUCAGGUUCCCGCAGGGCAGUGGGCCGGUGACGGCGCUGCGGGCGAUGCCGAACGGGCGGCACAUUGUCUGUGCGUCGCAUGACAUUCUCCGGCUGUACGAUCUCAAGCACGAACAGGUGACGCGCCACUCGACGGUGCCGUUCCUGAUCAUCCCCGGCCAUCGUACCGGCACCGUCUCGCAGCUCUACAUCGACCAGGCCUGUCGCUUCAUGGUCUCGACCAGCGGCAACCGCGGCUGGGAGGGCAAUACCACCGAGGUGCUGCUGGGCUAUGAGAUCGGCGUGCCUCGCUAA